AGUUACCCCGCUUCCGGUCGGAGUUGGUCCUGCCAGUGGGGACACUGCGUUUCUAUGCGAAGAAGAGCCGCCCACUCAUAUUCUCAAGUCCGCUUCGGGCUCCUUGCAACUGGGCUCGAUGCCGGCCCCGCAGCCGGGGAGGCGGCUGCGGACAGGAGGAGCCGGAGCUCGUUCUCUCCGGAACGAAGGCGGCGUGCACCGGCUGUUUCCGGGGGGGCCCAAGCCGUCGCCGCGCCCGACCCCGCCUCCGGCGCGGCCACGUCUCCGCUAGAGCAGCCGCGGGGCCGGGCUGCCGCCGCGGCGCCUCGGCUCUGGGGUAUCGUAAUCCUUGGUUUAAUGUCAAGUCAUUUAUAAGACUUUAAAUCCUUUGAAAAUGGAAAACCCUGUGCCAUCCUUGCCGGGGGAUCCUGACUGUUGGUGAUGGCAGCUCCCGUGCAGCCUCUGCUUGUCAGCCCCGUCUGAGUCGUCCUGACCAUGGACGGAGUGUCGGCCAUGCAGGGCGGCCUCUUGGAAGAUGGAUCCUGCAGCGGCACCGCGGCUGGUCCUGACGCCCUCCCGCAGCCCCUGGGCCCUCCGGCGCCAGCUGACGGGUGGGAUGGAGCCCAGCGUGCCAGCGCCGGGGCGGACAGAGCUACGGAUGAAGGAGAAAGCCCCGACGGGCCCAGCGAGGGGGACGCCUGUCAGAACGGGCCGAUGCCACAGCUCCCCGGCCCGCCGUCGGCUCUCGGUCCCACCAAGAGCCCAGCGGGUCCUGCUGCGCCUCCAGGUGUGGCUGGUUUCCAUGACAACCUAAGGAAGUCUCAGGGGACUAGUGCUGAGGGCAGUGUUAGAAAAGAAGCUUUGCAGUCUCUCAGACGCAGUCUUCCUAUGCAAGAAACGCAACUGUGCUCAGCAGAGGAACUGCUGCCGCUGGAGAAGGAGGAGCAGGUGCGACUGCAGGCUCGGCGGCGGCUGGAGGAGCAGCUCACGCAGUACAGGGCGAGGCGCCAGCAGGAGCGCUCCAGCCAACCUGCAACUAAAACAAGACCUUUCAGCACGCUGGACCCUGAGCUCAUGUUGAACCCUGAAACCUUACCCAGGGCCAGCACCGUGGCGAUGACCAAGGAGUACUCCUUCCUGCGCACCAGUGUGCCUCGGGGCCCGAAGGUGGGCAGCUUAAGGCACCUGGCACAUUCUAAGGAGAAGAAAAGUUCCAAAUCAAGCAAAAUCCGGUCCCUGGCUGAUUACAGAACUGAAGACUCGGAUGCCGGGAAUUCUGGUGGAAAUGUUCUGGCCACAGACUCCGCCAGGGGCUCCCUGAAGCAGAACCGAGGCAGCAUGACGUCAGUGGUGUCUGAGGUCAGCCUGGGCCCGGAAGCUGAGGACCUGGAGAACUCGUCCCUUCCUGGAGACAUGUCUGAGGCCGACGGGAAUGAGAGUGACAGCUCUUCCUACAGCGGUGUCUCCACCAGGGGGGUGCACGGCCUGCUGGUGAACAGCGAGGGCACGCAGGAAGCAGCCUAUGUGAUCAACGGCCAGGAGAUCGCCUCCAGCUCUCUGGGCCAGUUCCCGUCCAUCACAGAUGUCCUCCAGGCCGCUGCCGCUGAGCACCGAGACCGGGGCCCGGAGGUCAAUGGGGAGACGCGGAGCCGGACGGACAGCAUCUGCAGCAGCGUGUCCAUGGAGGGGUCUGUGGCUGAAACGCAUGAUGAGAUGCUGCAGGUUCUUAAAGAAAAAAUGAGACUUGAAGGACAGCUGGAAGCCUUAACCCAAGAGGCUAGCCAGGCGCUGAAGGAGAAGGCGGAGCUGCAGGCGCAGCUGGCCGCCCUGAACACGCGGCUGAAGGCGCAGGAGGAGCACAGCCACAGCAGCCAGCGGAAGCAGGACGCACUCAGCUCGGAGGUGGACACCUUGAAGCAGUCCUGCUGGGACCUGGAGCAGGCCAUGAGCGACCUGCAGAACACGCUGGAGGCCAAGAACGCCAGCCUGUCGUCCUCCCACCGCGACCUGCAGGUGGCAGAGGAGCAGUACCAGCGCCUCCUGGCCAAGGUGGAGGAGAUGCGGAGCAGCAUGCUCAGCAAGGACAGCACCGUGCACGACCUGCGGCAGCAGAUGACGGCCCUGCAGAGCCAGCUGCGGCAGGUGCAGCUGGAGCGCACGACGCUCACCAGCCGGCUGAAGACGUCCCAGGCGGAGAUCGCGUCUCUGCAGAGCGUCCGGCAGUGGUACCAGCAGCAGCUCGCCCUGGCCCAGGAGGCCCGGGUCAGACUGCAGGGCGAGAUGGCCCACAUCCAGGUGGGACAGAUGACCCAGACGGGCCUCCUGGAGCACCUGAAGCUGGAGAACGUGUCCCUGUCGCAGCAGCUGACGGAAACCCAGCACAGGUCCAUCAAGGAGAAGGAGCGCAUCGCCCUGCAGCUCCAGGGCAUCGAGGCUGACAUGUUGGACCAGGAAGCCGCCUUUGUGCAGAUCCAAGAGGCGAAGACGAUGGUAGAGGAGGACCUGCAGAGGAGGCUGGAGGAGUUCGAGGAGGAGAAGGAGCAGCUGCAGAAGAUGGCGGCCUCUGCAGCAGCCCUGGAGCAGCAGCUGGAGCAGGUGAAGUUAACCCUGCACCAGCGAGACCAGCAGCUCGAUGCCUUGCAGCGGGAGCACCUGGACCUGCUGAAGCAGUUCACCUCGACGCAGGAGAUGCUGCAGGGCCGAGAGCAGGCGCUUGGCGACCUGCAGGUGCGCUACGAUGAGCUGCAGGCCCGGCUGGAGGAGCUGCGGGGCGAGGCCACCUCCAAGGACGACGCCAUCCACUUCCUGCAGAACGAGAAGAUUGUCUUGGAGGUGGCUCUGCAGGCAGCCAAGAGCAGUGGCGAGGAGCUCGAUAGAGGGGUCAGGAGCCUGGAAGAAGGUGCCGAGGAAACGUCGGGAAUCUUGGAGCAGCUGAGACAGGAAUUAGCCGUUAAGUCCAGCCAGGUGGAGCACCUGCAGGAAGACGCCAGCCUUCUGAAAAAGCAGAUGCAGAAAAUAAAGGAGCAGUUUCUUCAGCAGAAGGUGAUGGUGGAGGCCUACCGGCGGGACACCGCCUCCAAAGACCAGCUCAUCAGCGAGCUCAAGGCCACGAAGAAGAGGCUGGCCUCGGAGGUGAAGGAGCUGAGGCAGGAGCUGCUGCAGCUUCACGGGGACAAGAAGUCCGUGGAGGCGGAGCAGGCGCGCCUGCAGAAGGAGGUGGCCCGGGUGCAGCAGCAGAUGGCGGCUCUCGAGGGGCAGCUGGAGUCAGCACAGAGGGAGCGCGACGAGAUGGAGACCCACCUGCAGGCUCUGCAGAUCGACAGGCAGCAGGUGGCUGCACUGACCGAGGCCAACAAGGGGCUCCAGGCUCAAGUGGAGGAGCUGCGGCAGGAAGCCGCCAGGGCCAUCACCGAGCAGAAGCAGAGGGUGACGCGGCUAGGCUCGGACCUGAGCAGUGCUCAGAAGGAGAUGAAAAGCAAGCACAAGGCCUACGAGAGCGCCGUGAGCAUUCUGAGCCGCCGCCUGCAGGAGGCCCUCACCGCCAAGGAGGCAGCGGAGGCUGAACUGAGCCAGCUGCGAGCCCAGGCGGCCGACGGAGCCAGCAGCCUCACAAUGCACGAGAGAAUCCAGGCCCUGGAGUCGGAGUUGCAGACCGUGGGCCACAGCAAGGUGAUGCUGGAGAAGGAGCUGCAGGAGAUAAUCGCGCUGACGAGCCAGGAGCUGGAGGAGUACCGGGAGAAGGUGCUGGAGCUGGAGGAUGAGCUUCAGGAAUCCAGAGGCUUCCGGAGGAAGAUAAAGCGCCUCGAGGAGUCCAAUAAGAAGUUGGCUCUGGAGCUGGAGCACGAGCGAGGGAAGCUCACGGGCCUGGGACAGUCCAACGCGGCUCUGCGGGAGCACAACAGCGUGCUGGAGACGGCGCUGGCCAAGAGGGAGGCCGACCUGGUGCAGCUGAACCUUCAGGUUCAGGCCAUCAUGCAGCGCAAGCAGGAGGAAGACCGCCAGAUGAGGCAGCUCGUGCAGGCCUUGCAAGCCGCGCUGGAGAGAGAGAAGCAGGAAGUGCAGAGCCUCAGGGAGCAGGUGGCCGCAGCCAAAGUGGAAGCGAGGCACAACCAGCGCCACUUCAAGGCCGCCACCUUGGAGCUGAGCGAGGUGAGAAAGGAGCUGCAGGCCAAGGAGCUCCUGGUGCAGACGCUGCAGGCGGCGGCCGAACGUCUCCAGCUGCAGGAGGGGGCACACGCCCAGGAAGUCACCCAGUUCCAGGCAGAGCUUUCGGAGGCACGGACCCAGCUGCAGCUCCUGCAGCAGCAGUUGGACGAGCAGCUGAGCAAACAGCCCGUGGGCAACCAGGAGAUGGAAAACCUCAAGUGGGAGGUGGAUCAGAAGGAGAGAGAAAUACAGUCCCUGAGGCAGCAACUGGACCUGAGUGAGCAGCAGAGCAGGCGGGAGCUGGACGGGGCCGAGCGUGCCCUGCAGAACAUCAAGUCUGAGCUGGAGGUGAUGCGGGAAGACCUGUCCAUGACCCAGAAGGACAAGUUCAUGCUUCAGGCGAAAGUGUCGGAACUGAAGAACAACAUGAAAACUCUGCUCCAGCAGAACCAGCAGCUCAAGCUGGACCUGCGGCGCGGUGCGGCCAAGGCGGCAGGAGAUGGACAGCCUCCAGCGCCAGAUGGAAGCUCACGCCGUCACUGUGCACGAGUCACUGUCCUCAUGGACUCAGGGGGACCCUGCCGCCAGCCCUGGAGGAGACACCGAGCCGCCACUGGGAACAGCCUCUGCGGAGCACCCCCAUGCCGAGUGUGUGUGAUUGUCCCUCCGAGGUCACGUCUCUUCCUAGCAAUGGCACUGAAGUUCCGUAUUUGCUUUAUGAGGAGUAAGAACAGGGGAGCCACCUGCCGAUCACGACCAGCUUCCCCCAAGUGACCGACCGUCACCCUAGCUGAGCUCUCAGUGACAGUGUUAGAGGGGCCGCACCUCGCCAGGGACGGAGACGCUGCUCUGUGGCCACGGGUCUGGGGGAACCUGGUCGUGGGCCCACUCCCUCACUUCCUCUCCCGCAGGAGGGAAACUUUAUUUGCACCUUUGGUUUUUAUUGUUUUAUUUUCACAGCCAUCCCGCCAUAGGAUAUGUAUGUAAAUACUGAGAACCGUAACCUAAUCUUUAAAAAGUAUGUCCCCGUAUUAUUUAAAAUUGACCUGAAUUGUCUGCUUUUCGAUUGCCUUUUGAAAAUCUGCUGUCAGGAAAUAUUGUACAUGUAGGAUUAAGGGAUGUCAGUAAGAAAAUUAUAUUUUAAGAAAUAUAAUUAUUUUAUUUACCUCCUAAAACCAAAUACUCUUAGAGCAUCCUUCCUUGUUUUUGUUUCACUUUAAUUUUGAGUGUCUUUUCCUUGUCUUAGUGCACGAUGCCUGACUGUUUAACUGCCCCGCGUGGCCUCACCGCCCCCUUGUCCAGGCCGCACCCUCUGUGCCCACAUGGCAGUGUCCAGCAGGACCUGUGGUCAUCGGAGCCGUGCGGGGCCCGUGGUGAUGGUGUCAGGUCUGGGGUCCUGUUGUGACCGGGCACCAGGAGUGUGUGAGGUUGACCUGUCCGUGUCCCACCUGAAGCUGACGGACUGUGGGACUUGAGGGCUAUACGUUUGUCUCCACGGUUGCUAAGAAAGCCUAAAAUAAUAUUUAUUGUAAUAAGUUAGAGUGAGGUGGGUGCACGUGCACCCUAUGUGUGUCUGCUGCUCUGAGGACGGGUGACGUGUCCAGAUCCGACAUCCCGCCAGCCCGUGUGCCGUGUCUGUGUCCUGUUUGUGGAGAAAACAAUAUAUAUUUUUAUUGGUUUGAGAGAGAAAGGGAGAAGAAGAGAGAAGCAUCAGUAAUGAGAGAGAGUCCUGGAUCGGCCGCCUCCCCCUAUUGGGGACCAAGCAAAAUCCAGGCAUGUGCCCUGAUCUUGCCUGGUUCAUAGUUGAUGCUCAACCACGGAGUCACACGGGCCCAGAGGAAACUGGUCUUUGUAAGCUGUCUGUGUCCUCUCAUACUGUGCUGUCAUAGGUUCAUUGAUAAAGUAGCGUUAACCAGAGAGACUUAGAGUUUUAAAAAGGUUCCCUAGAAAGUAGUGGGACUUCUAAAUACAUCUCUCAUUCGUACAGGGUCAACCUUGAAACAAUACUUGAAGACUCAUUAUAAUGUAUCCUACUUUUCAUAAUAAGUUGGAAAGCAUUUCUGGCAGAAUUGUUUUUGUACCAUUGGAAGAGAAACAUGAUAAUUUAUGUUCUUAGUUACUUUGGCUGCAUUAUUCUUGUUUCAACUUUAAAACGAAGUCAUGGCACCCAGUCCCGGGCCUCAGUGGCUCUCAGCCUCCCCAGGGAAGACCUGCCGCUGCCACCAUGUCCUCCUCUUGGGAAAAGCUAACCUGGAUGCACCCGUCAAGGGGAGGCCGUCUCUGUCCUUCCCCCUUCCUCCCUCUUCCCGCCUCCGUGUGCGUGUGCACGCACCUGCUCUCUGGCUUCCUGUCGUCUCCUGUGCCGCCACCGUCCUCGGUGCCCAUUCUUCAGCUCAGCCAGCGCUUGGCCGGCUUCGGUCCGGGCUUCAGGGGCGGCUCCUGCUUGCUCACCUCCACCGGACUCACUGCUCCCUCCCAUGACAGGAAAGGCUCUUACAUUCCGGGCAGAAGUGGAAUUGGGAAUCACUCCUGAGAAGCGGCAGUCGAGUCCGGAGUCCGUGUAACCAGCUCUGCCACCACCUGUGUCUGUGCCUCUUCGCCCUGCGUGACAGUCGCUGUCCUGUCCUCACACAGAGAGUUGGCUCGGGCACCCUAUGUCCUCACUUGCUUUUGUUCUGUUUCAAAAACACGAUUGCAAUGUCAUUAUCCUUGAUCUCUCCACAACGGACACCCGGCAGAUGCCAUGGGUCUGAUAGGCUUUGCUCUACAGGGCGGGCAGAAAUAUGGAAAACAUUUCAUAUAGAAAAAAUAACAAUAAUAAUAAUACAAGAAUUAACUGUUUGGUGUCCUCACAACUGUAAACCUGCUUUUGCCCUGCUCUGUUUGGAGGGAUCAGAGGCGUUUGGCUCGUGAAACAAUAAUUUUCUUGUCCCGGGUCCAGCUCGCAGCAUCCACAGGGCGGUCAGCCUGUGGCCAGGGUAUUAGGAAGUCUCCCCUGAGCCCCUUACAACUUAGGCCUCCGUUGGUCUUGGGUUCCUGCAGGUCACCGUGACAGACAUUUCUACUUCAUGAGUACGUUUCUUGACAAAAGUUAAAUGUGUGUAAAGAUUUUUGGAGUGAGGGACCCACCCGCCGUGGGCAGGCCUGUGACGUGUGAGACGCUCAGCCUAUUUCACGCUAUGACCACGUCCCGGGCACGUCCCAUGGUGGUGGGCUCAGGUUAUAAGAGAGUCCCUGGGGUGAUGUGUGAGAGGGUCUAGAACACUCGGUUGUAAGUUACGUCUAUUAAAAAUUUCCUCAUUAAAGGGAGUCUUCAGGUUGGGACUGUUCAGGGGAAAGACACCCUCAUGCACCACAAAUUGUAACUUUAAAAAGCAUGUUGGUUUUUUUAUAAACUUAAGCGUGCUUGGGAAUUCCUUAAAUUUUGUGCAAUAAACUAUUUUUUGUUAAA